GGCGCCGCGCCGGGUCCGGGUGUUAUAUUGGUAGUGUAAAAAAUGGCGUCGACGGUGUGUGUGUCUAGGUGCCGACUUUUAGCUAAAUUAGAAAUAAAUCGUGGUUUGUGUUUAUCUCCAAUAUUUAGGGAUUUGUCUAAUAACAGAGAAUCAUGGUGUCGUCGGUGGCGGCCUGUGCGCCGAUCGUUUUUCACUAGCGUAUGUGCGCACGGAUCUAAAGCUACUCCCACAAAAAUCGACCACGAAAAAUCUGACGAAGUAUCGGUGACGUACCGACGAGGGCUGCCUGUGAUAACGGUGCCCUUGCCGUCGCGUCGCGAGAAAUGCAGGUUCACCCUCCGCCCCGUCUCACAGACCGUCGGCGACCUCCUAGAACAGGUGAAGGCGGAAGACCGUGGCGUGGAGAGAGCAGUUGCGCUGGCGGCGGAAGACCGCGUGCGCAUCGCAGCCUCAGACACCGUGGAAUCUCUGCUCGAGAAUGACUUCAGGUUGCUCAUCAACGACACGGAGUACUACGUCAAAAGCCCGCCACAGGAGCGUCUAAGUACGGAAGAGAUCACGCGGUUAAGCGACGUGAGGAACCUGGUGAACCAGUUGUACGAAGCUCUGAAUGUUCGUGAGCAUCAGAUUCGUAAGGAGCGGGAGUUGAGGGCGCAGUUAGAAAAGCUGUCUGCUGAGUUGCAGCCAUUGGAAGAGAAACGCCUGUCCCUAGAAAUGGAGACCACUCGUAAGACAUCAGCACUGACGUGGGUGGGUCUAGGCUUGAUGGGCGUGCAGUUCGGAGUGCUAGCGCGACUGACCUGGUGGGAGUACUCCUGGGACAUCAUGGAGCCUGUCACGUACUUCGUGACUUAUGGGACCGCUAUGGCGGCGUAUGCGUACUUCGUUCUUACUAAACAGGAGUAUAUCUUGCCAGAUGUAAAGGAUAGACAACAUCUAAUUACGCUCCACAAGAAGGCGAAAAAGAUUGGCCUCGAUCUUAAUCAAUAUAAUCGUCUAAAGGAUGAGGUUGACAAAUUACAAAAAGAUCUCGCUAGACUCAGGGACCCGCUACAGAUCCACUUGCCACCAGUGAUAAACAAGUCUGACGACACCAAACGCUCACCAUUGACCAAAAUAAAAGACAUGCUUGAGGAGACCACGAAGAAGAUGAAAAUCACGUAAUAUAUGUUGUAAAGGACGCCACGUUGCGUUUAGAAUAGCUUGUUGAUCAUUGACCGGUGCAUUUGUUUACUGUUUUUGGAAGUUGAACUGUAUUUAUUGUACAAGAAAGGAGCUUUUGAAAACCUUUGAACUGAGUCAAGCUUUAAGGUAACUCAACCUUAAUUUAUUUAUUUCACGUGAGCCGAGCCUACUCUGUAUUCUAUCCAAUCGGAAAGCAAAUUCUACGGAGUCAGCAAAAAACUCAGCAGUUCCUCUUAUGAAAAGAAAACAUCCUGUAACUUAUAAGGAUACUUAUCAAUCUUAAACUUAAUAAUCAUGAUCUGUUUUACGUUUUAAACUACGCAAUGGCAGAUCUUUGUUUUCAUGAUGAGCUUAGUCCUUGACUGAGUAUUUUCUGUAUUUAAGCACUACUAUAUAUCUCGAACAAUUAGGUUGCAGUUUCGUCUCAAUGGCUAAUGUUAACACCAUGUAUUUAAAACGCUCCUUUCUUUAAUGGUCUUUAUGUAUAGUGCAUUAUGGUUCAAUAUAGCCAGAGGAGAUUUUUAGGUAGGAACAUUUUGCUGAAAUAGUUGUUAUGCAAAGGUAUGUGCUAAUAGAAAAAGAAGGUCUGUUAAAUACAAUGUACAGUACCUUUAGUAUGAGUUUUUAGACUUUUCGAAAAGGAAAAUGGAUAUUUUUGGAGUUCCUCCAUUAUAUUCCUACAAUCAGUAGGAAUAUAAUGGAAAUGGCUACAAGCGUCCUCAGACAAAAUUUUUGUUAAUAAUAAAUCGGUAGUACAGAAUGAAUGAGUUUAAUAAAAAGGGGUUGUCGAAACAUACCUCCGAAAACUACCAAAGAUUCCGAAAUGUCGUGAAAACUUGUACUAAAGGUUCAUAAACAGCUGUUUUCAUUGCACAAACUUAAUAUAGUUGUUAGAGAAUCGAAUAUUUUCUUUUUUACUUAUUGUAGUUGAAUUUUUAACCCAUAAGACUUUACUGUCAAAUAUUUAUAUCACUGAUUUGGACUUCUAGCUUUUUAUCGUUGCGUUGCUCAAAAUUAACGUUAUCUUUAGUUAGUUUAUGAAAGUCUUUCAUUGCAAAAUUGUUUUUAUGUAGGUAACUAUGACUGUAUAGGAGUAUGACCGCUCUGCUAAGAGUGGUUUGGUGAUGAAAGAAUAAUUUUGCUCUUUAAUGUAAUUUGGACUAUAUGUUUCAUAUACAUUAGAAGCAUUUCGAGUUUAGAUGCUGUGGCUAAUUCUGUAGUAGGACACAAGCUCUAAAUUGACAAGUCUAAAAGUAUUGCUAUCUCUUUUGUAAUGCUUCCUGCGGAAAAGGAUAGUAUUAGAUUUAGAUCUGUCAGUUUUGUUUAAUUUAGAGAUGGUGUACAACAGAAUUAGUCACAUUGGCUCAACUCAAUGGAACGCCGCAUGAGGCUUUUGUUGGUUUUUUGACGCACUUUAAGGGCAUUGUUUUCAUGAAUUUAAUUAAUAAACUUAAGCUUUUAUGUAAAAUUUUGCAUUUGAAAUUUUAUUGAACUCACUGAGAGUCACAAAAAUAUUAAAAAAAAUAUUUGACCUGCUUUGUAGUUAAAAUAUAUUAGUUGAAUUUUAUUAGAUUUAUCAAAUUGUUUGUUGGUAUUUUUAAACUAUGCUCAGAAAUAUUGUUUCCUAUAAAUUUAAGAAUUAACACAUAUGAAAAAAAAUUGUUUGACUGUGCCAACAUGAAACUGAAUAAAUAAGUAGGUAGACGUUAAGAAUUUACUGAAAUGCAAAGAUUAUUUAUUGACUUAGUAAUUUUUAUUUUAAAUAAUAAUUUUAUUAAAAAUAUCAGUCAUAUUUUUAUUAAGCUCGUAUUAUAUUUUUGGGAUUUUAAUUUAAUUGUUGUUGAGAUUUUAUCAUUGAAUCGAUUUUAUUAAUUAAACAAUUAAAGUUAAAAUAUUUAUAUCGUGUUGAAAGGGACCAUCUGUCGCACAAAAAAAUUGUGACACGGCGAUAUUCUGACCCCUUCUUGUCACACUUUAAAUCUCUGAAAUUAGUCAGAUAUAUUUAAAUAUAUUUUAUUUAAAGAUAAUAUUUGUAAUACUUUAAUUUUCUUUAAUAUUUGUGAAACACGUACUAAUGUAAAUGGAAAACAAAUAAAAUUGGAAUUUCGGCAUUGAUUUAGAUAUUAUGUACGGUGAUUUUUACGUCAUAAUAAUAUUAUGUGUGACCUUAAUAAUGGAUGGCCCUUAUAUAAAAAUAUGUAUUUACUAUUCGUAGUUAGUAAUUCUAGUCCUUUUGUAAAACUGAUAUCGUAAGAGUUAUGUGUUCCUUUUUGGCUUGCCCUGAAAUGUAUAAAAAUGCAUGGCUUUUUUAUAAAGAGUGACUUA